AUGGCCGCCGCCGUUGUUAUCUCCCAGACCAGCUACUCGCCGCAGACGCCGACGGGCUCGUUCUCGUACGCGAUGGCGUCCCAGGCUCUCGCUUCCUCCUCGCGCACCCCGCAACCAGCGCAGCUCGACCCCGCCGCGCCCCACCCGAAAACGUUCCGAGACCGUCUCCAGAAGAGCCUGCGCACCGUCGGCGCCAAGACAAAGUCCAAGGCGUCCGCGCCCCCCAACCUCGACGACUUUGCCGCCGCCUCCACCUCGGACAAGGGCAAAGCGCGGGCCACCCCGGAUCACGAUCCGCAGAAAGAGAAGGAGAGGAGCAGGCUCGGCGCCGCUUUCCGACGAUUCGAGUCCAAGGUCUCGUUCAGACCGGCGCCCAACGAUAUCUCCACCCCGCCGGGCGCGUUUAGGUCGCCCGCUCAUGACGCGACGAACCCCGACGAUCCUCCGGGUAGGCCCAGCUAUGGCUCGCUGCGCGGAGGCUCUAUUUCCUCCCCCGCCCUCCACCUCUCCUCGCAGGCGAUACCGUCGCCGCGGUCAAGGCCGUCCGUCGUCGCUUCGUCCUCUUCCACGGCGUCCGUGCUCGCCUCGCCGCCGCGCGAACCCUCCCGAAGGCAAAGCGCCCGCCCCGCGCCCCGCGAGAUAAGCGGUCCCGCACCACUCGCACCUCGCAGAGCGCAGAGCAUCACCGCCUCCACUGCGUCCCCUUCUCCCCUGCCGAAGGUCAAGUCUCGACCCGCCCCGCUGUACGAGGGCGAAACGCCUCCCGUAACUCCCACCCGCGCACCUCGUUCACCCACGUCACCUACAUCGCCUGUACAACGUGCUCGCAGCCCGCAAGUCGACGAGUCCCCCACAAAACCUCACUCUCGACAGCUGGGCACUUCCAGUCGAGCAGCCGCCAGCUCUGGUCACCUACCCCUCUCCGAGCGACCUGUAUCGCCAUCAAGUCCCAGGGCGCGGUCACCUAUCGACCGGCCGAAGAUCGUCACAUCGGGCCGGCCGUCGCUCGCUUCCGCUUCCACGUCCCACCUUCCCCUUUCGAACGCUCCGUCCACUCCGGCGAGAAGAACCUCCAUCGAAGCGCGCCGUCCAUCGGUUGAGGCCCGACGUCCGUCCGUCGAGAUCCGACGACCCUCGAUCGAACAGACUCGACGCGCCUCCAUCGAAAUCCGGCGAACCUCACUCGACCAGCGUACGUCAGGCGGAGCUCGCAGACCCUCGCUCGAAGCACCCCGUCCGCCGUUCGCGAACGAUUCCCCGACGCACUCUCGGUCCGGCUCGCCGUCCUCGCCAACCUCCUACCGGCCCUACUCCCCUUACAACGGCCUCGGUCACAGCCGCAUGAACACGUCGACCACCUCCCUCACCACGGCGUCCCACUUUGAGCACCGCGAGCUGAUACGGCAGGCAUCGUCCUUGCUGUGCAGGGAGAUGGUCAGGCCUCCCGCGCAGCUCAGGAAGAGCGGGAUCAGCGACAGGGAAUGGGAAGAGGUCGAGGUCCGGUUGAGACAGCUGGCGAGGUUGGAGAGGAUCUGGGGGAAGAGCGGGGCAGGAGCGAGCCAGACCAACCUCGCCGCUGGCGGUGGUUUCGGCGCCGCCGGAGAGGACAGGGAACGGCGGCUGUUCGCGGAGGCCCUCAGGGAUGGCUAUGUCCUGUGCCAGUUCAUGAACAAGCUCCGCCCUGGAUCACUCACGAACGCCAAUGCCCGUGAAGACGGCCUGGUGCGCACGACUAAUAUCACGCGUUUUCUCGCCGCUUGCACGACGUACGGCGUCCCUCCCGAAGACCUCUUCAACCGUGACGACUUGCUAGAGACGACGCCGGAGUCCCUCGCGCGUGUCGCACGCACCAUAUUCGCGCUGUUCAAUAUGACGGAACACGCGACCCCUGAUCGGUCCAAGUUUAUAUCAGGGGGCGGAGGCAAGCAUACGCCCUACGGUACAAACUCCUCUCGGGGUACCGCCUCGACGCCGAACCUCGCCCUGCAACGCGCCACAUCCCCUCCACCCAACGGCAAGAAGCAGCCUCUCCCCACGCUGGACGACAGCGCCUUCGACAGUUCUUCGUCCGAAGAAACCGCUCGCAGCGCCGAUGCGUACGCGAGGGAAGAAGACCGACUCACCCCGCUCCCGGUUCCUCCUCGCUCCCCCCUCCGCACCAGAUCCACGGCCUCUAAACCUAUCCCGAUCCCGGAAAGGAUAUCGGUGGCCGACUCCAACCGCGCCUCCGUCGGCGACUCGGUUCGCAUGUCACUGGCCGAGUCGGCCUGGGCCGACCGGCAAUCGAUGGCGAGCAGCCAGGCGACGGACCUGACGGAGUUCUCGAAUCUGAGCCUGCUGCAGGUGCAGCGGAGCCAAAGCAGCGGUCAGAACAAGUUUGGCACCAUCCGCACGGUGACCACUGACGCGACGUCUUUUUUGCCCUCUGAAGAGCAUCGCGAGACGACGGCGCCGUCGUCGCCGACCGACGAGUCGCGCCUGGAACUUCGGGCGCGCCGGUUCUCCAGGGAGCGCAAGCCGAGCGAGACGGCGGUGGUCGACCUGACGCGGGUGAUGGAGGAGACGGAGCCGAGCUCGAGUUCAGAGGCGAGCAAGAAGAAGGAUCGGACCCGAGUACCAGGCGCUGAACACGAGCGCGAGCGCGAGCGCCUGCGGGCGGAAAGGAUACGCCUCGGAAAGGGCAAGUGGCCGGACGACUUCAUCGACGCGUUUGGCCAGCUCCGGUCCCCCAUGAUGCCGGCGUCGGAGGCUUCCGGCGCUUCGACUCCGCUGUCGUCUUCACCGCGGAAAGUGUCGUUCAUCAACAACAUGGCCAACCGGGAUUCGUCGCCGACUCCCACUCCUAUGUCGUCCUCUCCUCCCCGCAAACUGGCGUAUGUCGGAUCUCGCGCCAACGACAGCUCGGAAUCUCUCUCAUCACAGCUCCUACCUCGGCGACCUACUCAUCGUGCCCGUCACAGCGUUGACGCUCCGAACGUCCUACUCCCGAAGGAGAUAGUCUAUCGGGAGUCCAGUCCUGACUCUGCAUCUUCGCGGCCCGGUAUGCUGAGAAGGGCGAGCACCAAGACGGGAGGAACCAGGAACGGCGUGUAUCUCCCAAGGAGCAGCCUUGAGCAGGGCCGAACGCCUUCGCAAGAGAGCGAAACACGCCGAGCCGAGGGUGGUGUUCCCUUCCCUCGGGCACUCUCUAACGAACGCUCCAUUGCUUCCGGGCUAGGAUCCGACAGGUCGCAGGCGGGAGGGUCGGCUCUUGACGAACAUCCGGUGCCUCGCGUACGUGGACGUUUUCAGAGCGAUAUCGACUCUGCCAGCGCCCGCCGCAAACCGAGGCCCACCUCGUAUGAAGACCAGGGUGCUAAAGGGCGAACCAGAUUCGAGAGCAUGGUUAACCUCGGCGUUGAUUCGGGGAAAGCCAGCGCUAGUGAUAUGAUUUCCAAGGACUCUUCGGAUGGGGGUGCUGUCAGGCAAACUCUGGUAGUCAGAGAAGAUGGCAAGCCGUCGACAUCAUACCAACUUGGUAACUGCAUCGGACGCGGCCAGUACGGGUCCGUCUACCGGGCGCUCAACCUCAAUACCGGGCAGAUGGUGGCCGUCAAACGUGUCAGGCUGGAGGGCAUGAAGGAGGAUGAAAUCAAGCAACUCAUGCACGAGGUUGAACUCGGCAGACGUCUUGACCAUCCCAGCAUCGUCAAGUAUCUGGGCUUCAGUCGUGAUCGCGACACGCUCAAUAUCGUCCUUGAAUAUGCCGAGAACGGCUCUUUGCUUCAAACCACCAAAGCAUUCGGGAAGCUCAAUGAACGUCUAGUCGCCAACUACGUUGUCAAGAUCUUGGAAGGACUUCACUACUUGCAUCAGAGCGAUGUGGUACAUUGCGAUCUGAAAGCUGCCAACAUUUUGACCACCAAGACGGGAAACGUCAAGUUGUCUGACUUCGGUGUCUCCCUCAACAUGCGCGCUGUCAAGCACGAGUACCGCAAGGAUGUUCAGGGCACGCCAAACUGGAUCGCACCGGAAGUCAUUGAACUGAAGGGUGCUUCGAGCGCGUCAGAUAUAUGGUCCUUGGGUUGUACGGUGGUGGAGCUCUUUACAGGGAAGCCGCCAUACGCCGAGUUGGACAACAGUAUGUCAGUCAUGUUCCGGAUCGUCGACGAUGAGAAUCCCCCGAUUCCCGAAGGAUGUUCACCAGAGUUGGAGGACUUCCUUCGUCUGUGUUUCCAAAAGGACCCGAAGAAACGGCCUAGUGCGGAGUCAUUAUGUGAUCACGAGUGGCUCAAGAAGUAUUGGGCUGGGCACAAGGAGUUGCGCCCCCAAGACAGCAUCCCUUUCAUUCGGCGUGUCAGUCAGGAGAUUCAAAAGAGUCCUCUUUCCGCUCGUUACCUUGCCAGCCUCGACACCUCUGGCCAGGAUGCUUCUCAACUGGAUGAGACCACACCCAGACCGCUCGGGAGACGCGUUUCCACCGGCCCGACUACGCCAUUGGAAGAUUCGAUUUCCCCUAGGGAGCAUACGUUCGUCAAAACAACGUUCAGUAAAGCCAUGAAGUGCCGUGUAUGCCUUGAAGCCGUCAAGAGGAGCGCGGUCCUGUGCGAGCAGUGCAGCCUCAUUGCACAUGCCAAGUGCGCGCCGCAUGCACCACCGACCUGUGAUCUUCGCUCGCAACUUCUCAUGUACGCGCAAUACGCAGAGAAUGGUGAUCCCGGCAGUGCCUACGCCACUGCCAUGGAAAUCUUGGCUGCAGCUCAAGCAGCGGGACCACCGACAAGUCAUGGCUCCGAACAGAGCGGCUUGCCGUCGCCUCGGACGAGUUUGGACUAUCAACCGUCGCAGGCACCAUCGUCGCAUGGAGCGCCGGUCCAUCCCCCUACUGCCUUCAGAGGUUGGGUUCCCUUCAAAAGAUCCCGAUCUUCACUAUCUCCCGAGCCUAAGGAGACGACCUCGACACCCUCCUUGGUCGGCCAAUCCCCAUCUAUCCCGGAAGAGAAGAAAAUACUGCAAAAGAAACGUUCGGUGCUGAAACGUCCCUCUCGUCCCGUCAUCGAGAAACCCCAAUCGCUUUCGAGUAAUAGCUCGGGACCCAACACGUCGAGCAUGCGCAGUGCUGUCACGGCUGCGGAAAGUAUAUCUGGCUUCCAUCUCGCCCGACCUGAGUCGGUAGCGACCGUCACCGAAACCGACCUUGAGCCUGUCAACCCGAACGCUGGCUCUGGAAGUGCAAGGACCAACCGUGCGUCGCACUUCACCACACGUUCUGCCGAGACGAUGGAGUCCGUUUUCGACGAAGCAAGGACCACUUCAAUCCCAGGUGGUCUGCCUCCCCCGGACACACGACACCACAAAAGCCGCGCAGACCGUAGCUCGAAAGCCUCUAGCAACGGGUGCUCCAUCCAGUAG